AUCCGCUUCCGGUGGUGGAGGAAGUAUUUUUGGGGGGGCCACGUGUGGGGGGGGAAAAAGAGCAUUUCAUUUCAGUUUAUUUAACAUUUUUUUAAACUGUAUUUAUAAUCUGAUCGCAACCCGAAGGAGCAAUGGGGAAAGGGACUGCAAGUGACAAAUAUGAGCCUGCGGCAACAUCAGAAAAUGCCACCAAAUCCAAGAAGAAAGAUAAGAAAUCUAAAAAAAAGGAUAUGGAAGAACUUAAGAAGGAAGUAUCACUGGAUGAUCAUAAAAUCAGUUUGGAUGAACUUCAGCGCAGAUAUGGUACAGACCUGACUCGGGGUCUCUCCAAUGCUCGUGCCAAAGAAGUUCUUGCUCGUGAUGGUCCCAAUGCACUAACACCUCCACCCACCACUCCUGAGUGGAUAAAGUUCUGUAGACAGCUCUUUGGUGGCUUCUCAAUCUUACUGUGGAUUGGUGCAAUUCUUUGCUUUCUAGCAUAUGGUAUUCAGGCUGCAAUGGAGGAUGAGCCAGCAAAUGAUAAUUUAUAUCUGGGAGUUGUACUAUCUACCGUGGUCAUAGUAACUGGCUGUUUCUCGUAUUACCAAGAAGCUAAGAGCUCAAAAAUCAUGGAUUCUUUCAAGAACAUGGUGCCUCAGCAAGCCCUUGUCAUCCGAGAAGGUGAGAAAAAUACCAUCAAUGCUGAGCAAGUAGUUGCUGGAGAUUUGGUGGAGGUAAAAGGUGGUGACAGGAUCCCUGCAGAUUUGCGAAUCAUUUCUGCACAUGGUUGCAAGGUGGACAAUUCCUCAUUGACUGGCGAAUCUGAGCCUCAGACUCGGUCACCAGAAUGUACCAGUGAGAACCCCCUAGAGACACGAAACAUUGCUUUCUUCUCCACCAACUGUGUUGAAGGUACUGCUCGAGGUAUUGUCAUCUGUACAGGCGACCGCACUGUCAUGGGCAGGAUUGCAACUCUAGCAUCUGGACUGGAGGUUGGACGAACUCCAAUUGCUGUUGAGAUCGAACAUUUCAUACACAUCAUCACUGGAGUGGCAGUUUUCCUUGGCGUGACUUUCUUCAUUCUGUCCCUCAUCCUUGGAUACACCUGGCUUGAAGCAGUCAUCUUCUUGAUUGGAAUCAUUGUGGCCAAUGUGCCAGAGGGCUUACUUGCUACCGUCACGGUGUGCCUAACCCUGACAGCCAAACGUAUGGCACGGAAAAACUGCCUAGUGAAGAAUCUUGAAGCUGUGGAGACACUAGGAUCAACCUCCACUAUCUGUUCUGACAAGACUGGAACACUAACACAGAAUCGAAUGACUGUCGCUCACAUGUGGUUUGACAACCAGAUCCAUGAAGCUGAUACUACUGAAAACCAGUCAGGUGCUGCUUUUGACAAGACUUCUCCCACUUGGUCUGCACUGUCGCGUGUUGCUGCAUUGUGCAACCGUGCCGUUUUCCAGGCAGGACAAGAAAAUGUGCCAAUUCUGAAGCGAAGUGUUGCUGGUGAUGCUUCUGAAUCUGCCCUCCUGAAGUGUAUUGAACUGUGCUGUGGGUCAGUUCAGCAAAUGAGGGACAGAAACCCAAAGAUUGUGGAAAUUCCUUUCAACUCCACCAAUAAAUAUCAGCUAUCUAUCCAUGAGAAUGAAAAAUCCAGUGAAAGCCGCUACCUAUUGGUAAUGAAGGGAGCACCAGAACGAAUCCUAGACCGUUGCUCCAAAAUCCUCUUGAACGGUGAAGAGGUAGAAUUGACUGAGGAGAUGAAAGAAGCAUUCCAGAAUGCUUACUUGGAGCUGGGUGGUUUAGGAGAGCGAGUACUAGGGUUCUGCCAUUUCCCAUUGCCUGAAGAUAAAUAUCCAGAAGGAUUUCCGUUUGAUGCAGAUGAACCCAAUUUCCCCCUAACUGACCUAUGCUUUGUUGGACUGAUGUCUAUGAUUGAUCCACCACGUGCUGCUGUACCAGAUGCUGUUGGCAAGUGCAGAAGUGCUGGGAUCAAGGUUAUUAUGGUAACUGGUGACCAUCCAAUCACAGCUAAAGCCAUUGCUAAGGGUGUGGGUAUCAUCUCCGAAGGAAAUGAGACCAUAGAAGACAUUGCUGCUCGUCUGAACAUUCCAAGUAGUCAAGUUAAUCCCAGGGAUGCCAAAGCUUGUGUUGUCCAUGGUUCAGAACUCAAAGACUUAACCUCAGAACAGCUUGAUGACAUCUUAUACUAUCAUACAGAGAUAGUCUUUGCUCGAACUUCUCCCCAACAGAAACUGAUUAUCGUGGAAGGCUGUCAGCGACAGGGUGCCAUUGUAGCUGUGACAGGUGAUGGAGUGAAUGACUCUCCUGCUUUGAAGAAGGCUGAUAUUGGUGUUGCUAUGGGUAUUGCUGGCUCUGAUGUGUCCAAGCAAGCUGCUGACAUGAUCCUGCUCGAUGAUAACUUUGCUUCCAUUGUCACUGGUGUGGAAGAAGGUCGCCUGAUUUUUGAUAAUCUAAAGAAAUCCAUUGCUUACACUUUAACCAGCAAUAUCCCUGAAAUCACACCUUUUCUGUUUUUCAUCAUUGCAAACGUCCCACUGCCACUUGGAACUGUUACUAUCCUCUGCAUUGACCUGGGUACUGACAUGGUCCCUGCCAUCUCUCUUGCUUAUGAACAGGCUGAAAGUGAUAUAAUGAAGAGACAGCCACGUAACCCCAAGACAGAUAAACUGGUGAAUGAGAGAUUGAUCAGUAUGGCCUAUGGACAGAUUGGAAUGAUUCAGGCCUUGGGUGGUUUCUUCACGUAUUUUGUGAUCUUGGCUGAGAAUGGAUUCCUCCCAGUGGAUCUAAUUGGAAAGCGUGUGGCUUGGGAUGACCGGUGGUUAAGUGAUGUGGAAGACAGCUAUGGUCAACAGUGGACUUACGAGCAGCGGAAAAUUGUGGAGUUCACAUGCCACACCUCGUUCUUUGUCAGCAUUGUGAUUGUGCAGUGGGCUGACUUAAUAAUCUGUAAGACCAGAAGGAACUCUGUCUUCCAGCAGGGAAUGAAGAACAAAAUUCUCAUCUUUGGUUUGUUUGAAGAAACAGCACUUGCUGCUUUCCUUUCAUAUUGCCCUGGCACUGAUGUAGCACUGAGGAUGUACCCACUCAAACCUAACUGGUGGUUCUGUGCCUUUCCAUACAGUCUUCUCAUAUUUCUUUAUGAUGAAAUGCGAAGGUUCAUCAUCCGUAGGAGCCCUGGAGGUUGGGUGGAGCAGGAAACGUAUUAUUAGAAGAACAAAUGCUAAUACAUUUCAUCAGUUUGUUUGUCUGCCUUAACUAUUAAACAUUUACUAAAGUGCUAAUUGUGGUGAAUGGAGAUAGACUGUUUUGUAAGAAACAAAACUGAAAAUGUCUGGUUUUAUAUAAACUUUUUACAAGUAUAAUUUAAAUAAAUUGAUUGUCAAAGUC